AUGGAUAUCCUAAGGAGUCUCGACGAUUCAUUUGAUCCUUUCGAACCGUUCGAAGGACCUAUUCGUUUGCCUUAUUCAUACUUGGAAGCGAAAGAUGACAGUAAGGGUCCCGGUAGUGUUGACAAUCCAGCAAGUACGAUUAGCUCCAAGCUGCAAAAUAGUGCUGAAAAAAGUUGGGGAAAAUAUGUCGCCGAAAAAGGAGAAUAAGU